CACGUCUCGGACUUGCAAUUGGGUUUCCUCUGCCAUUGACCUUGCUCUACAUUAUUUUUCGUCUCACCGAUGUCUACAAUGCAGUCCUCGACAACCGAUGAUAAAUUUCGUGGCGCCGUAGUCGAAGAUUUGCAGUUACCGCCAGCCUUUGCCCUACCUUCAACCGAAGUCAUCUCACGCGCCAUCGAGCUCGCCUACGACCGUGAUUUCUCCCAUAUUCCAGUCCUGGAUCGCGAUAGAAAACCUCUAGGAUAUCUGGAUGUUGCGAAGCUGAAGCAACAAUGGGAAGCAAGCAAGGCCAACCCGGACGACCGCAUUAGCCAGUACAUGACCAAGUUUAAGCGAAACACGACGGAGCCGUACACUCUCAUAACGCCUGCCACCCCUCUAGCCGAGCUCCAAGCUUUUCUCCAGGACAAUAUAUUUGCUCUAGUGACAGACUACCAGCGCAAAUUCGUCCUGGGCAUCGCUACAUCCCAGGACUUGGAGAACUUUGUUUCACGAAGAGGUUUCUGAACAGGAAUGAAGCACUAUGCGUAAUUGCGCUUGUUGUAUAUAUCCUAGACAUUGUUCACCAUUUCUAUAACAUUUACGCACGGAUACUCAUGCAAAGCUAUAACCGAUUCA